AUGGCCUCCUACUCCUACCAGCUCCCCACCACCGGCGCCAUCUUCUUCGCUGCCCUCUUAAAUGACCCCGCCGCUACCUACAUCACCCACAUCGCAGAGGCCACAGAGGCCCGCGCAAACCUCCGCGCCGCCCUCAAGGAGAGCAAACGCGCGGACGACGGAGGCAAAGACUACCUCAGACUCGUCAAGGUUCUCGACGACUACUUGCCGCACCUGUACGGCAUUUUAAGUUGCAUAGAGCAUGGCGAACUCGUCCUAAAGACCGAACCCAUCUUCAGCUGGCGCACCACCCUUUCUUCCUCCAUCUUUCACAACUCUCCUCGCCUCUCCAUUCCGACACUCGCUACCGAGCUCGUCUUCACCCUCCUCACCUAUGCGUUCGCCCUCUCUAACCUCUCUCGCACCGUCGUGCAUUCUCUUGGCGCGUACGAGAGGGAUCGCGCCGUAUCAGAUGCCGACAGGAAGGCAAAAGACGAGCGCCUCAGCUUUGCCGUGACCCUGCUCUGCAAAGCUGCCGGGGUGUUUGAAUACGUCGGCAAGGAGUGCCUGGUAGAGUGGGAACGCGAACGCGAACGCGUCAUUGAUGCAGGGAUGACCUGUCCGAAACCCCCAGAUUUGAGCAGGGAGGUUGUAAUUGGACUAAGCAAAAUGGCACUGGCAGAUGCACAGACACUCGCAAUCCGCAAGCUGUUAUCCAGAGCCGCUUCCGACAGCGCUCUCACACCAGGGCCACCUUUGCCCAAGUCACACCCGUCCCCGGUUCUCAUCGCGAAGCUACACCUUGAAUGUGCGGCCCUGUAUUCGUCCGCCCGAUCACUGGCGAAGACACCCGGGGACUAUCGCCCCUCGUCCAAAUCUAAGAUCAAGAUCUCCCUUGGGAAAGACAAGGCUCAGGCGAUGCGGGAUGAGGGAGGUGAAGAAGUCGCACCGGAGCUGCGACGGUACCUUGCGGAAGAGGCGGCGUUCCAUAAUGCACUCGCACAGAAAUGGCUCGGAGUAGACGCCGGAGAGAACGGGGGAACGGCACAGGGCGGCAUCGCGGUUGGUUUCCUGACCUGGGCGAAGAAAGACCUUGAGGAUCUCAAGAGCGGCAGCGGCGUGAUUGGCUCAGACAGGGACAAGGACAUGCGGGAGCGCAGGAAAGAGAAGGUUAUCGCGGAGCUGGAGAGUGUGAACGUGUUUUACAAGGGAUACAAGAACAUGAACGAUACCGUAUCGUUCCAGCCCGUCCCCUCUCAGACUGAGCUACAGGCAUCUAUACCCACUGGGAGAUCGGCGGUGACUCUUAGACCCUUCGCGAAACCGACGCCGGCCUUUGGUCCUGGAUCCGUAGAGGAUGUGCAACGGCAAGCGGAGGAACUACACCUUUCUCAGGAGAACGGAGAGAACGCGGACGCACCGCUCGCGGAUGCUGCAAGUCCUCGAUCUGGGGGCUCGCUCGCUCUCCACCUACCGACAUCCACAUCCUCAAGAAUGGGCUCAAACAAACCCCGUGGAUUGCAAGCUGCGCGCAAGCUGCGCAACGACCGCCGCGAAAACCGAUGGGCGGAUAAAUCAUACAAAAAGCGCGCGUUGGGCAACAUCUACAAGACCUCGCCCACGGGAGGGUCGUCGCACGCAAAGGGCAUCGUGCUCGAGAAGGUUGGCGUUGAGGCCAAGCAGCCCAACUCGGCCAUCCGGAAGUGUGUGCGAGUACAGCUCAUCAAGAAUGGUAAGAAGGUGACCGCGUUCGUGCCUGUCUGGGUCGCGCCUCGGCGACCCGGGCCUGCACCCAGAGGCGUCCGGUCGUCUAAUGACGGCUGUCUGAACUUCGUCGACGAUAACGACGAGGUCCUCAUCUCCGGUUUCGGUCGCCGUGGAAAAGCCAAGGGUGAUAUUCCCGGUGUGCGAUUCAAGAUCGUCAAGGUCUCUGGCGUCGGUCUGCUUGCAUUGUGGAAGGAGAAGAAGGAGAAGCCUCGGUCAUAA